CCAGCCCGUGGGAGUGGAGCGCUGCUGUCCUGUGCCAAGGAGGGGCACCCGGCUGGGUGCAGGAUGCGGCCCCUGGCCUGGGUGGGCAUCGCCAGCCUGUGUCUGGGGGCAGCCUGGGCUGUCCCAGCCAAGGAGGGGACCAAGAAGGUGGAGAAGCCCAAACUUGACCUUGCGCUCUACGAAAACCUGGACCUGGACAACUAUGACCUGACGCUGGACAGCUAUGGGGACGUCGUCGAUCUGAGCAACUACGAGGAGCUCUACGACUACGGUGACAUUGCUCCGAAGAUCGAGGUUGGGACCCUGGCUCCUCGCCCCAAGGACCCCGAGGCUCUCCCAAAGGUGGGCACCACGGCUCCAGCACCAAAGCUGCAGCCUCCGACCUCCAGCCCCGUCCGCCCCGCGCAGGGGCUCCCCAGCUGCUUGCGCUGCCUCUGCAUCGGCACCUCUGUCUACUGCGACGAUGCCGACCUGGAGCACAUCCCGCUGCUGCCCCCGGACACCACGUACCUCUACGCCCGCUUCAACCGCAUCAGCGCCAUCCGGGCCGGCGAUUUCACGGGGCUGAAGAAGCUGAAGCGAAUAGACCUGACGAGCAAUUCCAUCUCCUGGGCGGACGCGGACGCCUUCCGCCUCCUGCCCAGCCUGCAGGAGCUCAUCCUGCCCGAGAACAGGCUGACGGCGCUGCCCGAGCUGCCCCGCAGCAUCGUCAGGCUGGACGCCCGUCUCAACAGGAUCCCCAGCACCGGCCUCCAGCCCGAAGCUUUCCGGGACCUGAAGCAGCUGCAGUUUCUCCAUCUGUCCGAUAACCAGCUGGACUACGUCCCCACACCCCUGCCCGAGAGCCUGCGCUCCCUGCACCUCCAGAACAACAACAUCCAGACCAUGCACAAGGACACGUUCUGCGACAGCCAAGACCACAGCCACAUCCGCAGGGCGCUGGAGGACAUCCGCCUCGAUGGCAACCCCAUCAACCUCAGCCUCUUCCCCAACGCCUACUUCUGCCUGCCCCGCUUGCCCACGGGACGCUUCGCCUGAGCCCCACUGCUGGCUGCUCUUGGAGAGUAUCCCCGGACCCCCACACCCCACUGGCACCCCCCUAUUUCUUGCUGUCCCAAGGGAAAUGUGGGGUUAAGGCGUUUAACCCUGGGCGAGCUGAGCCUCUGUGUGUGGGUGAAUUCAUCU